CGACAAUUUAAAACGUUACACACGUUCUAAAUCACAUCUGUCACGAAGACAUACGUGACGGACAACAGAAAAAUAUGGCUUAAAAUUGUACAAAAAUAAUAAAACAAACACAAAAAUACUUGCAAAAAUAUGUAAAUACUUUCUGUAACUUAGUUCCCAAUAAUGUCAUGCUCGCGAAGGAACCUAUAAUACAUAAUAUAGACUGGUCAUGAAAGCAAUUCCAUAACAAAUUUACGAAGAUUAUAACAAUGAACCGGUAAGCAUAUCGUAAAAUGCCAUAACAACUAGUUAUGGCAUUUUGAUGUAGCAGAGCAAUCAGUACUCACAUUGCCACGAGACGAAAUAAUAAAUUGUUGAUAACUUGAGAUGAAGGACUUGAAUGAUAACAUGUAUCAAAGACUUGAGUAUGAACAAUCUUAUGGCAACCAGGAAGAGAGCCCAUGCAAUGGCACCGAAAAUGUUAGUAUUGUUGUACGUAAGAAAAAAGUGAAGAAUAGAAAAAAAAAUGAGUCCUCUAAAUGUGGGCAACAUCCAGCAGUCAAGUUCAAGCUGUCACCAUCUAAAACUCUGGUAAAUUGUAAAUUAAUCAAAAAGCAUUCCAGUUUGCCCGAAAUAAACAGUCGUCCGAAAUUCUUGAAGCAACGCACUAAAAGCUCUAAUGUUAUUCCAUGGGGCAAGAAACACUUUCCAAAUAUUAAACUUAUCGUAAACAAAGUCUCAGAAUACCAUUUCAAUAAUAAUGUAAGCCCUUUCAACAAUCCCUCCCGAAAGAAAUUUAAAGUCUACCGCUGUCAAUUAAGCACGCUAGAGGAAAGCUGUUGCUGCUCGUGUAACUCUGACGCAAUGUUCGAAGUAAUGAAGAGCCUCUACGACUGUUACAAGAAGAAAAAUUGCGACGAUUGCAACUGCAUCUUAUGCGGUCAUUUACCACGAGAAGAAAGGCGCUUGGGGAAGAUCAGAAAAUCACUACUGGAUAUAGGACUUGCUGGUACAGCGAAAGAGAGAAAAGAAAAAGUCAAGCAAGCAGCAAAGCAGUUAGAAGGGAAGUCUGACGCAGAAAAAGAACUGAUAUUGAAAGAAUUGGCGAAAACGGGACAACCCCUACCUAAAGGUAAAACAGCGUCAGAAAAAGAGUUAAUCAGGAAAGUUAGGUCUGAACUUGGUCUGCCACCUGAGCCUAAGACAGCUACCGAAAAAGAAAGAAUGAAAAAAGCCGAGAAGGCUGGUUUGGUAACUCCGUUAGAAGGUAAAUCAGCCGCGCAGAAAGAAAAGAUUUUGAAAGCGCAACAAAAACUAGGCAUUGAACUCCCAGAAGGAAGAACAGAAUCAGAAAGGGCGCUUGUACGCAAAAUAAAAUCAGAAGCUGGGGUAUCGAAAGGGGUAGCAACGGAAAAAAUGCGAAAAACCAAAGAGGCAGGAGUCAUAACGCCCAUAGAAGGUAAACCACCAGAACAGCAAGAGAAAAUAUUAAGAGGAUUAGCCAUGCAAGGUAUGCCCCUUCCAGAAGCUAAAACAGCUUCCGAGAAACGCUUGAUAGACAAAGUACGGGCUGAUCUUGGUCUACCUCCGGAUGCGAAAACAUCAUCAAUGAAGGCCAAACAUGCUAAAGCUGCAGAGGCUGGAUUGUUACAGCCUUUAGAAGGCAAAACUAAUAAAGAAAAAGAGAAAAUUCUUAAAGGAUUACAAGAAAGAGGAAUACCACUACCGGAAGGACGAACGGCUUCAGAAAAAGCACUCAUAGCUAAAGUAAAGGCACGCGCUCCCGAGAAAAUUGCUGGAGUACCAUCAGAAAAAAUACGAAAAGCUAAAGAAGCAGGAUUGUUAACACCACUUGAAGGCAAACCCCCAGACCAACAAGAAAAAAUAUUAAGAGGGUUAGCAAUGCAAGGCAUACCUCUUCCAGAAGCAAAAACAGCUUCCGAAAAACGGUUGGUAGAUAAAGUACGGGCCGAUCUUGGUCUACCUCCGGAUGCGAAAACAUCAUCAAUGAAGGCCAAACAUGCCAAAGCUGCAGAGGCUGGAUUGUUACAGCCUUUAGAAGGCAAAACUAAUAAAGAAAAAGAGAAAAUACUUAAAGGAUUACAGGAAAGAGGAAUACCACUACCGGAAGGACGAACGGCUUCAGAAAAAGCACUCAUAGCUAAAGUAAAGGCACGCGCUCCCGAGAAGAUUGCUGGAAUACCAUCAGAAAAAAUACGAAAAACCAAAGAGGCAGGAGUCAUAACGCCUAUAGAAGGUAAACCGCCAGACCAGCAAGAGAAAAUAUUAAGAGGAUUAGCAAUGCAAGGUAUGCCCCUUCCAGAAGCUAAAACAGCUUCCGAGAAACGCUUGAUAGACAAAGUACGGGCUGAUCUUGGUCUACCUCCGGAUGCGAAAACUUCAUCAAUGAAGGCCAAACAUGCUAAAGCUGCAGAGGCUGGAUUGUUACAGCCUUUAGAAGGCAAAACUAAUAAAGAAAAAGAGAAAAUUCUUAAAGGAUUACAGGAAAGGGGAAUACCACUACCGGAAGGACGAACGGCUUCAGAAAAAGCACUCAUAGCUAAAGUAAAGGCACGCGCUCCCGAGAAGAUUGCUGGAGUACCAUCAGAAAAAAUACGAAAAGCUAAAGAAGCAGGAUUGUUAACACCACUUGAAGGCAAAACCCCAGACCAACAAGAAAAAAUAUUAAGAGGGUUAGCAAUGCAAGGCAUACCUCUUCCAGAAGCAAAAACAGCUUCCGAAAAACGGUUGGUAGAUAAAGUACGGGCCGAUCUUGGUCUACCUCCGGAUGCGAAAACGUCAUCAAUGAAGGCCAAACAUGCUAAAGCUGCAGAGGCUGGAUUGUUACAGCCUUUAGAAGGCAAAACUAAUAAAGAAAAGGAGAAAAUUCUAAAAGGAUUACAGGAAAGGGGAAUUCAAUUACCAGAAGGACGAACGACUUCAGAGAAAGCAAUUAUAGCUAAAGUGAAGGCACGCGCUCCUGAGCCUGUAGCUGCAGCACCAUCUGAAAAAAUACGAAAAGCUAAAGAAGCUGGAUUAUUAACACCACUCGAAGGGAAAACCCCAGAUCAAAAAGAAAAAAUAAUAAAAGGUAUAGCCAUGCAAGGCCUUCCUUUACCAGAAGGUAAAACGGCAUCGGAAAGGAAAAUGAUAGAUAAAGUUCGUAAGGACCUAGGUCUGCCUCCUGAAGCAAAAAAUAAAGCAAUGAAAGACAAACACAAAAAAGCCGCUGAGGCGGGACUGUUACAACCAUUGGAAGGCAAAACCACAAAAGAGAAAGAGAAAAUAUUACAAGGGUUACACGAAAUGGGUAUACCGCUUCCUGAAGGGCGAACUAAAUCAGAAAAAGCACUAAUAGCUAAAAUUAAGACGAGAGCUCCCGAGCCUAUAGCUCCAGUGCCAUCAGAAAAAGCACGAAAGGCCAAAGAAAAAGCCGCCCCUACUGUAGCAGUAACACCAUCGGAAAAGCUAAGAAAAGCUAAAGCUGCGGGUCUUGUAACCCCUCUUGAAGGUAAAGCACCAGAGCAACGAGAAAAGAUAUUAAGAGGACUAGGAAUGCAGGGUAUACCCCUACCAGAAGCGAAAACUGCGUCGGAAAAAAGGCUCAUAGAAAAAGUACGUGCAGAUCUUGGUCUUCCUCCAGAGCCCCAAAGUUCGGCUAUGAGAGGAAAAUACGCUAAAGCUGCAGAUGCGGGAAUAUUACAGCCAUUGGAAGGGAAAUCGCAUAAAGAGAAGGAGAAAAUUUUACAAGGUUUGCACGACAUGGGUAUACCUUUACCUGUAGGACGGACAGCAUCAGAAAAAGCUCUUAUAGCUAAAAUACAAACCGAACCGAAGGCACCAUCGGAAAAACUACGAAAAGCCAAAGCUGCGGGACUAGUUACACCCUUGGCGGGCAAGUCGGCAGCCCAACGAGAGAAGAUAUUGCGAGGGCUAGCUAUGCAAGGUGUUCCUCUACCAGAAGCCAAGACUCCUUCUGAGAAAAUGUUGAUUGAUAAAGUACGAGCUGACCUUGGGCUCCCUCCAGAUCCCAAAAAUACGUCUAUGAGAGACAAAUAUGCCAAAGCUGCUGAUGCCGGAUUAAUGAUGCCGUUAGAAGGAAAAUCCCAUAAAGAAAAAGAGAGAAUAUUGAAAGGUUUACGCGACAUGGGCAUUCCUCUACCUGAGGGAAGAACAGCUUCAGAAAAAGCACUUAUUACGAAAAUUUUGACUCCAUCAGCAGCACCUUCAGCUGCUGCUGCUGCUGCUCCAACUGAAAAGUUACGAAAAGCGAAAGCUGCAGGACUGCUUACGCCGCUGGAGGGAAAAUCAGCAGCCCAAAAAGAAAAAAUAUUGCGUGGAUUAGCAAUGCAAGGUCUCCCUCUUCCUGAAGUCAAAACUUCUUCAGAUAGAAAACUGCUAGAUAAAGUUCGCGCCGAUGUUGGCCUUCCGCCAGAACCAAAAACUCCAUCCAUGAAAGAGAAAUAUGAACAAGCGGCCGCUGCCGGACUAUUGCAGCCACUCGAAGGUAAAUCAGAUCAAGAAAAGGAAAAAAUAUUACAAGGACUACAAAAAAUGGGUGUACCACUACCUGAAGGCCGAACAAAAUCAGAAAAAGCUCUUAUUUCAAAAGUUAAGGGGGGUCCACGUCCUUCCGUGAAGCUAAUACCAUCUGAGAAGCUCCGAAAAGCUCAAGCGGCAGGAUUGAUAACACCAUUAGAGGGUAAAAGUCCAGAACAACGUGAAAAAAUUUUACGUGGUUUAGUUAUGCAAGGUGUUCCUUUACCUGAAGGUAAGUCAGCUUCGGAGAAAAUACUUAUUGAUAAAGUAAGAGCUGAUGUUGGUUUGCCACCACCCCCAAGAACAGCAUCAGAAAAAGAAAAAUAUAAUAAAGCAGUUGCAGCAGGCAUCAUGACACCUUUAGAAGGAAAAUCUGCAGCAGAGAAGGAAAAGAUACUUAGAGCCCAGCAAAAUUUAGGUAUAGCGCUACCAAAAGGUCGUACAGCUUCUGAAAAAGAUUUAAUUAACAAAAUUAAACGUGAAAGACCAAGAACCCGCACUGUUAGCGUCGGUGCUCCUCCUUUGCCACCCGAUAAGCGGAGGAAAUUGGAUGAAAAAACAGCGAAAGUUAUAAAAGAAGGUUCAGGUCCUGUUGAUGAGUGCAUAUGCGGACUCUUAACACCUGAAUCAGAAAGGGAAGCACCGCCGGCAUAUAUACCACCGCCUGUCGAAAAACGAAAAGUCGCUCCAACACCAUCAAUAACAACAGCAAAAAUAAGAAAGGCUAAAGAAGCUGGUUUAUUGACUCCUCUUGAAGGAAAAUCUGCAGAACAAAAGGAGAAGAUCUUAAAAGGAUUGGCUGCAACGGGAAUACCAUUACCUGAAGGCAAAACAGUGUCUGAGAAAGCGCUAAUCAAAAAAGUUAAAGCGGACAUGGGGGUACGUGAACCAACACCGUCGGAAAAGGUGCGAAAAGCCAAGUUGGCGGGUGUUUUAACACCUCUAGAGGGUAAACCAAUAUCUCAGAAAGAGAAAAUACUGAGAGGCAGAGCAGCAGCAGGUUUGCCGCUACCUGUAGGCAAGACGCCUUCAGAAAAAGCUUUGAUACAUAAAAUUAAGAAAGAUACAGGUUACGUAACACCUUCUCCUUCGGAGAGGAUGAAGAGAGCUAAAGCUGCAGGACUGCUCACUCCGUUAGAAGGAAAAACGACUGCGCAAAAAGAAAAGAUUCUUCGAGACCGACUAGCUGCAGGAGUGCCAAUCCCAGAAGGUAAAACUCCAUCUGAAAAAGAUAUAAUUCGAAAAAUUACGGCUGAAGCUCCCCCUUCAGUAAAACCAUCAGAAAGAUUGAGAAAGGCUAAAGCAACUGGAGUCUUAACACCGCUGGAAGGUAAGUCUCCAAAGGAGAAAGAAAGAAUAAUUAGAGGCCUUGUGAAAGCUCGCGUUCCACUUCCUGAGCCGAAGACAGCAUCAGAAAAGAAUUUGAUGGAUAAAGUCCGACGAGACGUUGGAUUACCACGAGAACCGAGCACACCGUCACUAAAAGAAAAACUUAGAAAGGCCCAAGAGGCUGGAAUCAUUACACCGCUGGAAGGAAAGUCCAAGCCAGAAAAAGAAAAGGUAUUAAGACGACUUCACGAAGCAGGAUUACCUCUACCUGAAGGAAGAACAGCUUCAGAAAAAUCAAUGGUUAAGAGGAUCAAGGCAGAAGCACCUGAACGCAAAACGCCAUCUGAAAAAAUAAAAGCGGCUAAAGCAGCCGGGUUACUAACUCCUUUAGAAGGUAAGAGUACAGCGCAAAAGGAACAAAUACUAAAAAGUUUAGCGGACGCAGGAGUUCCUUUGCCGGAAGCAAAAACUGCUUCAGAAAAAGCAAUAAUAGCUAAAAUAAAAACUGAAAGAAAAGAGCGUCCAGAAAAACGGCCAUCAGAAAGACUUAAACCAACCAAAGAAGUUGAAUUUAUACAUAAACCUAUGACCCCAGUCGAAAGAAGAAAAUUAGACCAAAAGACUGCCAAGGUGAUGAAAGAAGGUAAAGGGCCAAGUGAUGAAUGUAUAUGCGGUCUUUUAACACCUGAAACUGAAAUAGGAGAACCUCCUAAGGCACCAUCAAAAAUUCCAUCUGAAAAGAUAAGGAAAGCCAAAGCAGCUGGUAUCCUUACGCCAUUAGAAGGUAAAUCUUCAGCGGAUAAGGAAAAGAUAUUAAGAGGUCAAGCUAAAGCAGGUAUACCACUUCCAGAAGCUAAGACGACAUCAGAUCGAAAGCUGACAAAUAAAAUCAGAAAAGAAUUAGGGCUCCCACCCGAGCCAAAGACUGCGUCAAUGAAAGAGCGACACGACAAAGCAGCUGCAGCUGGGCUACUUCAACCUUUAGAAGGUUUAUCACCUGCAGAAAAAGUACGCGUUCUAAAAGGCCAAGCAGAUCUGGGAUUAGAACUUCCAGAAGGUAGAACAGCGUCAGAAAAAGAACUCAUAGCUAAAAUAAAAGCUGAGACCAAAUUACCACCGUCUAGAAUUCCAUCAGAUAAGGUGGCGAAGGCAAAGGCUGCCGGCUUGCUAACACCACUCAAAGGAAAGAAAGCCGCAGAUAAGGAAAAAAUCAUGAGAGGAUUGGCAAAAGAAGGUUUACCACUACCUGACAAAACGUCAUCUGAAAGGAAAAUAGCCAAUAAAAUCCGCAAAGAACUAGGUCUCCCACCAGAACCUAAAACAUCGGACAUGAAAGAAAAAUACAAAGAAGCCGCAACAGCCGGAAUACUUGUACCGUUGGAGGGUUUGUCGCCUCCUGAAAAAGAGAAACUUCUUAGAGCUCAGGCAAAGAUGGGAAUACCCCUGCCAGAAGCAAGAACUGCAUCAGAAAAAGCACUCAUAGCUAAAAUAAAAGCUGAGGGUGAGCCAUCGCUAAGAACAGCCAAAAAAUUAAAGAAAGCAAAAGCUGCUGGAUUACUCACACCCUUAGAAGGGAAAUCACACAAAGAGAAGGAACGGAUUGUGGAAAAGCUAGCUGACGCUGGAUUGCCCUUACCGGAAGGUAAAACAGCAUCAGAGAAGGCUUUGAUACAAAAAGUUCGUGCAGAACGUGGAGAACCUCCACCGGCGAAAACUGCCUCUGAGAAGGCAAUUGUACAAAAAGCUAAACGCGAUGGCUUGUUAACUCCUAUUGCCGGUAAAUCAGCUAAAGAAAAAGAAAGGAUAAUUAAAGGUCUAGCAGAUGCUGGACUGCCGAUGCCUGAAGGAAAAACGACUUCCGAAAAAGAAUUAAUAAAGAAAAUUAGGACUGAAGCAGGACUCCCACCAGAACCUACCCCGUCUGAAAAGAGGGGUGAAAUCAAAACGAAAUCAAAACGUGUUGGAGCUACCGCAUCGAAGAAACUGAAAGCUAGAGGAAUCGGAGAAGGAGGUAUCGCAGAAGAAUUUGAAGACGUUUUAAAAACAACAACAUGCGACAGAGGUUGCGGUUGCGACAAGAAGAAAAUCAGAUUUAAGCACAGCUAUGUGAAGAUAAGAGUGACGUCACCGGACAUAUCGUCUCUCUGUCCUUGUCCGAACGAAUGUAUUCCAGGCGUUAAGGCCGGAGCGUUUAUAGAUAACGAGGGUAUAAAAGUUACCGUAGGGAGAGUUAAUGGCGCAACUUCAUACACCAGUCAGUACAGCAUUCACUUAGUAGAAAGUUCAAAACAUAUUAUAACUCUUUAUGACAAACUCCUUUCGAAUAGAUAUAGCAGUAACACAUCGAUUGACUCAUUAGACGCAUCGCCUAAUAAUAACAUCGUAUCUAAUGAUUUACAACAGACAACAGACACCGCGACCCCUUCCCAAAGGUGUCUUGAUAAGAACAGUAAAAUGAAUCAUGGUCAGCUGUACUCCUCAACUUCGUACUCCAGCGACUCGUAUGACAGCCCUUCCAGCUACAGGACUUAUGAGAUAAAAAGUGCCCGUGACAGUACGGAUAAGUGGAUUGAUAGUUCAGGCAGAUUUCGUGACGCUACUGGAUAUUUAGAGGCAUUGGGAGAGAUAUACAGACGGCCAAUGUUAAUGUCUUACAGUUCGGACGACACAGCAACGGAACUUUCUUCUCGAGGAAGUUUUGAUUCCAUUAUAGUUAUAAGGAGUGAGUCUUCGCUGAGUUUGACAACCUCAGCUAGCAGUGUGGAUGUUAUCAGUGUGAUAUCAUUUUCAAGCUGCAGUACCGAUUCAAAUUCUACCCAUUAUUUAUACUGUCCGGUAUUGGGUGGCAAUUUUAGCGAUAGCACCGUUGAAGAACUGGAAUGCUUUACAAAUAAAAUUGAUUACAGUGAAGGUGAUACAUUGACAAGCAACAGCAAUAGUUUGAUAACGAAAGGGCGUCGUGACGAAACACGCACGAAAAAAAGUGGGAACAACGAAGCAAUCGCAGCUAGACAAAGAAGACACAACGAGUAUCUAACGUUUAGAAUGUCCCAAAUGGAACUGGGCUAUGACAAAAUGCGUACAAGAGUCACCAACACCGGUGAUCCAGUCAUAGUCAUCAAUGACUUGAACAGUGAACAUGAUAUUACAACGAUGGUCGAUCAGCUUCUAUCCAAAAAUGAAUUCUCCGACGCGUCUUCCAUAUUCGUUGUAGUGCCGACAUCAGACGACAACGAUUCUGACGACUCUGAAGAAACCGUCAACUCAACUAUAUGCAUACAAGUGUCUGAACAAGUAAAGCAUUGGAGUCGAAAUCCAUCGUGUACGGGCGAGCGAGCAACAACGCCAAAAAGGUCUAUAUCUGCCACACGGGGUCUAAGGAUAUCGUCGAAAGGCAAAAAGUAUUUUAUGGAUGGCAUGCAAAAAAACGUAGCGUCAUUCCAGCAUAAUGAGACAAUAACUGAAAGUCCAGAAGGCUAUGAGUACGUGUCUACAAAGCAAAGAAGCACAAUAAACAAACCGAGAAGAAGAGAACUCUUAGUUAAUCGAUACCAAGUGGCUAGUACUGACACUACUUCUGACAGACCUUGCUGUUGUGCGCCGGAGGUUAAGCAGGCAGCAGUCCAGAACCACAGCUCAGACGAUGGAUGUGCUGCCAGCGUAGUCUCAGAGGUCCUCACACCGCUUCUUGUAACGCAAGGCCUCGAUUCCGACCAGUACCGGCAGCUGAGGAAUCUAAGUGUGAGCCAGGAGACGUCUUACAUAGCAGCGAACCUUCCGCCAACACCAGUGGAAGCCUGUCAGAUUCCUCCAUGCUCUGGUCACGUCAGCUGCCACGACCCGCCCAGACCACCACCAAGAAGAGACAUUUCGGAACCAUGUCGAUGUAGCCCGGAGAAGUUGAGGGAAUUGCUGGCUGAAGCCGUGAAGGCGGGGAAGUCGAUGAACAUGAAGUCGACUGGGUGCGGAGGUGGUCCACCGAAACCGAUCCAGGUUACUAUAGCGCCCCCGCCCCCACCCCCACCACCACUCCCACCGCCACCUCCACCUCCACCGCCAACACCGUAUAAGCCUAAUCAGCCCAUAAUUACAGAGUCUGAUGAGGAUUGUCCAUCCUGUUCUAAACACAAAUACAAAGAUGGAGCAACCAUCAAAUGUACAUGUAGUGGGAAAAAGAAAAUCAUCAAGUUGCGAGCCCUGUGUCCAUGUGAGCAGUAUCAGCCGCCAGUGUCGAACACAGUUACGGGACCAAGGCCCGGCACCAGGUCUUUUGGCGCCCAAUUUUGCACGUGUGAUGAUCCACCAUGCGAGACGUGCCCGAAGAAGUUCUUCGGUAUUUUGAACAAAAAAGGUGCAGGGAAACAGAGUUCGCGAAUGGGUUACAUAGAUGUGUGUGGCCCUGACGGAGGAUCGGUGCUAAUGGAACAGGGAGGGACAUACACGCAGGCAGGUCGGCGCGACUUGCCGGCGAAUAGCAGUGCAACGAUGAAAUCAUCCUCUAGUUCGAAAAACAAGUGCGUCUGCAGAAACAAGCGAAAAAAGAAAAAGAACGUCGUCUGUGAAUGUUCCCCGCCCUCCCUGGGCCUGGAACAAGACGUAGUGGCAAUGAUAUCGCAGCCUUCGCCUUUGGACUUCUCUUACGACGAACUAAUUAAAUAUCAAAAGUACGAACAAAAGCAAGCUUUGAAACAAAAAUCUGACAUGACACAAACGCAAUCGGGAUUCUCAGUGCUGAAGAAGAAGAAGCCACCGCCUCCCCCUGAAACUGAGUUCACAGUUGAGGACGCUGUCAGGUACUAUGCUACUUUAAAUCCUGAUUUGUUAAAGGAACUGUGCCCACCGCCGUCUGGUUUCGACGAAGCAGACGAUUGCGAUUGUGAAGAUAAGAAGAAGAAGUCAAAGGUUGAUUGUGAAUGUCCCUACGAGCCCCCUCCGCCUCCCCCACCAGAACCAGCCAAAGAAGAAGAGGGACCUUUCAGAGGUUUCAAGUUCUCGAUAGGCGGCAAAGGCUCCGGGUCUAAAGGUCUCGGUGGCGUUUGUUGCUUCGACAUGAUCGAAGAGUUAUACAUAUCGAAACAACGUUCCAAAGAGCGAUGAAACCCCUGUCUGUGCAAACGAAAUAGUUUAUAUAUUAUUAUUUUAGAUUAGUUCGAUUUUGAUGUUAAAACCCCUGUCAUAGUCAGUCCUAUGUAUUUUUAUCACAAUGAAGUUGUAUUGGGUUAAUCAUUAUAGUAAUAAAAUGUAAAAAAAACAUAAACGAGAACUGGAAAUAA